AUGGGCAAUGUCCUGGGUAAUCUCUGGAGUGCUCUGACCGACACGGCCUUCUAUGCGCUGGUCCCACCGGACGUCUUUGGCACGGAGCAUUGGGUCUUCGUCGAGUGUAAGCGCAUUGCCUUAGCCUGGCACGUCCGACCGAUCCCAUCUGGCCGCGCAAUGGCGUCGAUGCACGUUCAGCCGAACCUCCUUUCCGCAAGCGUCAAACCCUGCAUGCUCGUCUCGAGCUUCCGCGAGCAUAUUGUGUCCAAGCGCGAAGCAGACGCGGGCGCCGCGACGUACAUCUUGUCGUACGUCUGCUAUGCGCUUGCCGGUACCUGGAACUACGGCUUUGUCAUGGGCAGUCAGUGGCGAGAGGCCACGGGCUACGAGCUCGUCAUCAAGGCAGACACGGGCGCGGUCAUCAUUCCCUUGAACCACCCGACGUUGAUUGUGCUGACUCUAGCCGGCUACGCGUUGCGGCCCUUCGAUGCGCUGCCGCUGGCGUCGCACUCCGUCGCGGCAGUGCAGACGGACACGGCGACGAUUGUGGGCCACUUUCUUGCCCAUGGCCGUAACGCAGGGCUCGACUACGCGGCUCUCGAUCUCUUGAGCGCGCAUUUGUCACCGCCGCCGGUAACCGACAUGCUUUUGCCGUGCAUCUUUCUCGACGGGACGCAGUGCGAGGUCCUGAAGACACGCGGGCACUGCGACGACCAGUUGCUGGCGUGGUACAUCCGCGCGACGUCGACGACACGACUGGACAAGCGUCCGACCAAGUUGAUCAAGUCGUAUCAAACCAACGAUGCGGGCACGCUGACGGCCGCCGACGUGCCCGACCUCGAGCGAGCUCGAGUGGGCGCAAUGCUCCAGACGACCAAGCUUGCGACCAUUUUUGACCACUAUGGCGGCUUUCCACCGUUUGUCUACGUCCGCAAGGAGAUGAAGAUGGCGUGGGACCUCUUGCGCGUUAACUUUACGCUGCCCAAGAACGGAGACGGCGGGGCGUUUGCUGCGCUCCAAUCGGUGCUGCUCGUGCUCUUUUGCGUCUACCUCGGCGUGUACCACGAUUUCAACCUUCUGCUCUUGCGCGCUGUAAAGAGCCAAGCCACCGUCAGCACGGACGCCGUCGCUCGCACGGACGCUGUCCUUUGGUUUCGCGGCGGCCACGUCACCAAGUACCCGUGCUUUGACCGGCAAAACCUCUCGGAUCUCAUGGAGACGUUUCGAGCAGAAAGCCGGGUCCACCGAAAAAAGUACCUCCUCGUCGGCGACGGCUACCUCGAGUCGGACAUUCGCCACUCGUGUGCGGUGAUUGAUGUGUGCCACAUCAUUUCGUCCUCGGCGCAGUACCGCAUCAAGGACGAUGACCCGCGCGUGCCCUUGAUUGUCCCCGCGUGGUCGAAAGAUGCUCUUUGCGCCGCGCUCGCAGCCAACGACGAGAUUUUGCCCACGUUGGAGGAGCGCUACGCGCACUCUGGCGGCAGCUUGCGCGCCGUGUUGGACGACGACGCUCGCAUGUACAUUCAAGACAUUUACCAGCACGAGCAUUACAUGCACGUGAAGCACUGCCGGCAGAUCGUCGAUGCCAGAGUCGACCAGCGUUUCUGGACACCCAAGACGAGCGUCGAUGACUUUGAGGAGAUGCUCGGGUGGGUCGAGACGACCGCGAAUGCGUCGCUGCACCAAUCACUCUUUGAAGCCUUUCUGCACAAGCUUGCCUACGACGGCAUCCUCGAGCUGGUGCUCACGCGCUGUGAUAUAUCGACGACGGAGACGCUGGACCUAGCGAUCUUGCCGCAAACAGUGGGCCAACAGCCGCCACGGGACGACACCACAGACGAUGUCGUCUCCAAGCAAUCUUGCAUGGCAUUUCUAUGGACGGGACUGGCCGACGAGAUGUACUGGACGCCGGACCACGUGGUCUUUCCUGGUGUCGACGCGAUCCUCGUGCAAGGCCAGUGCAUAUGCUACCUUCACAUGACGGUGACGCCGGUGCACAGUCUCCAGUGGGACACCAUCACCGAGGUGCUUCAGGCAGUCCAGAGCAACGCGCGUCUCGCCGGCUUUGAACACAAGUAUGUGAUUGUGGCGCCACCAAGCACCGCAUGGGUUCAACACGUAGCACCAAUCAGUGGUCUCCGUGUGUACCUCGCAUCGGCCAGGCACCGAAGGGGCACAAAACGCCUCGUGUCGUUAUUGUAG